GGUGAGGAGUGGAACUGAUUCUUGGUUGUGCACCUUUCACCAUGGUUGACCUACAUAGUGGCAAGAGUACCACCCCUUACACCAAGGCUCAGGAAGAGCAAGCAGCCGCUGUACUUAGAGAGAGAAAGGAGAAGGAUGCCAAGAAGGAGUUGAUAAGACGGGCCAAAAAGUUGGCCCUACAGGAGAAGGCGGCGGCGAAGAAGUUGGAGGAGGAAAUGGAAAGAUUGAAGCAGGAGGAGGAAGAGAAAAUGAAGGCAGUAGAAGAGGAGGAGAUAGAAGAGGGAAAGGAGGCGGAGAUAGAAGAGGAAAAGGAGGAGAUAGAAGAGGAAAAUGAGGAGGAGCCCCUGGUCAGAAGGAGCACCAGGGACAAAGGGGAAUCCAGUGGCACGAACAGGGAGGACUCGUGGUUAGAGAAGAAGGUUUCUGAGUCGGUGGCGAACUUAUCCCUGGGGGAAGAAGAAGAAGCCAUGUUGUCUGUUCCCCGGGAGGAGUAGGAAGCAAUAGUGAAGGAAUUGGAGGCGGAAGAGGAUUCAUUGAGAGGUCAAACAAUAGAGGAGGAGAAAACAUUACAGCGGAAGUUGCGUCUCACCAGGGCGAAGAAGAGGAGGAUGGAUGAGGCAAACAAGAUGGCGAAGGAGUUGGAAGCGAUCAAGGAGCAGAGGGAGCAGAUCCAAGCACAGGUCAACAUACAGGAUAAAUUUGACAUUAUAAC